AUGGGUAUCGCCAACAAGAAGGAAAACCCCUACAUACCCUUCCCAGACUGUCCCUCAAGCGGCUCUGAGUCCACAUAUUCCACAAGCUCAGACAGCAUAAACAACGGACUGACUGAAGAAUUCACAAGAAGCAUGUUCUACCUAGACGGAACCUUAGUCCGAGAACCCGAAUUCUGCCCACGAGAAAUCACAAACUGGGUCAACGUUUUCCUAAGCCCACAGGACAUAACGUGCGACGACGAGACACUCAUGAGAACCGUGGCUACGUGUAUUCGUACGGGUGUUGCUACUAUCACUAUACACCCCAUGCACCAUUCCUACCCGCUCUGUAUCUCGAUUAAGGUCCCCGGUGACUACCAUUCCAAUAAGGCUUCUAUCUUUGCUGCUGCUGAGUUGCAGGCCGAUUGGUAUAGGCAGGAGGUUCGUUCUGGGAAGGUUCGUGUUAAUCGCGAUUUACUGUUUCGUCGAUCUGCUUGA